AUGCUCUGGGGAUCAUUAACAGCCGUCGUGCUCGGCGCCAUUUCGGCUGCGGCCGCGGGUGCACCCAGCAACAUCCCAGAGGACAUGGUCGACAAGAGGAAUCAUCUCCGCACACACUCGCUUCACCUCCCCUACGUUGACAGCGACCUGCAGAACCGAUGGUGGGACUUUGGCGAGGACACGAUCGUGAACACGAACCGGCACAUGCGCCUGACGCAGGACCGGCAGAGCGAGAAGGGAUGGCUGUGGAGCCGACUGCCGCUCUCCGUGUCAAACUGGCAGAUGGAGGUCGAGUUCAAGGUGGACGGCAAGGCGUCGUCGAUGUACGGCGACGGCUUCGCGAUCUGGAUCACCGAGGACCGGGCGGUGACCGGCCCCGUCUUCGGGUCCAAGGACAACUUCAAGGGCCUCGGCAUCUUCUUCGACACGUACGCCAACUCGCGCCACUCGUACUCGCUCCCGCGCGUCACUGCCAUGCUCGGCGACGGGCACACGAGCUACGACCACAACGGCGACAAUGCCGCGACCGAGCUUGCCGGCUGCAGCAUCAACUUCCGCCGCCGCGACGUGCCCACCAAGGCCCGCAUGACGUACCUUGCCGGAAAGGGAUUCCAGCUCUCCCUCCAGACCGACAAGGAGGGGCAGUGGACCACCUGCUUCAUCAAGGACAUCCAGCUCCCGCCCGCGCCCUACAUCGGCUUCUCGGCUGCCACCGGCGAGGUCACGGACAACCAUGACAUCAUUUCCGUCGCGGCCUACUCGGCCACCCUCAAGUACCAGUACCAGGACAGCAAGGCCACGGCCGCUGUCGGCGGUGGCGGUCGCCAGACGGCCUUCCAGGCCGCGUCGUACAACCAGAACGGCGGCCGUGCCCCGCCGGCCAGCAGCUCGGGCGGCGUCGCGUCCUGGUUCCUUUUCCUGCUCAAGGUCAUUGGUGUGCUCGCGUUCGUCGCCUUUGCCGUCGCCGCGUACAGGACGUACUCGGCACAGCAGAAGAAGCGGCCGUCGUACUACUAG